CAAGUCUUCUCAGCCCCUAAACCGGACAAGGUAUUCGGGCUGGCAUUACAUACGGCGCUAAUUGACUCUUUACCGGAUGACGAGUGAAGAACAGAUCAGGCCAGUUUUACGCCGAGUGUGAUACAAGAAACGUCAUUUCUUCAACCGUCGAGGUUUGAAGCAAGAACGAGCUCUUGGAAUAAGAUCCUAUUGCGGCAUUGAGGUCCAAUUUCAAUUUUGCUGCAAUGGCGGCUACAUGCCGUCGACAUUUCUUCUCCUUGCAAGGGGAAGGUCAGGGACGAGGCAAUGCGGGUGUUGUGCGAGUCCAGCUCCUGUGGGCCGUUUCCAUGUGCUGCGCGCUUCUCUGCAUCCAGUAUCUCCCCCACAGCAUCAGUGCAGAACCAAUUUUAGCAUCGAGUCUGGGAUUUUGUAAAACCGUCCCAGUGCUGCGUGGAGCUCCGCUGCAUUGCUGCCUCCCGGCACCAACAAGGAAACCCAUCAGGUUCAAGUUCCCCACUUGCGCAAACGGAGGUCCUCCCGUUGUGCGCGAGAGGAAGCCGGUCCAUGUAGUCCAGAACGAUCCUGAGUACGUGAGAAAGUACAAUCUAGCUUACGCCAGAAUGAAAGCACUGCCGGACAGCGAUCCCAGAAGUUUUCUGAACCAGUGGAGAGUCCACUGCUCCUUCUGCAACGAAGCUUUCAAGCAGCGGGAGCUACCAGGCCCUCUGGGCAAAGCGACCGGCGUUCUGCUUCAAAUCCAUUACAGCUGGACAUUUCUUCCGUGGCACAGGAUGUAUCUGUACUACCACGAGAGGAUUCUGGGGGAUCUGAUCGGCGAUCCCACUUUCGCCCUCCCGUUCUGGAACUGGGAUAAUCAGCUGGACCCCAUCGCGGGCAUGAUGCCGUUCAUGUUCCUUCCCAACUUCCCCGUCAACAAUUCGGCCUUGACUGACGUCAACAGAAACCCCAACCACAUGCCUCCGAAAAUCCUCUACUUGGGAUACAAUGGCAAGCUCGAAGCCGAGGGCAAACAGAACCUCACGGACGAGCAGAUCAGAUACGAGAACUUGUGUGUCAUGUACAACCAGGUGGUGACCAAAAUCAGCGCCCGCAGCUUUUUGGGCGGCCCCUACGUCGUGGGGACCAACAACACGGCUGCAACCGUGAAUGUCGCUGCGGGUGAGACUCCUGGCGAGUCCGGCGGAAUGGAGAUCGUCCACAACGUUGCGCACGAGUGGACCGGACUCAUCAACAAUCCGGCCCAUCCCGACAACGAGGACAUGGGCAAUUUCAUCUACGCUGCUCGGGACCCCAUCUUCUACACUCAUCACUCCAACGUCGACCGCCUCUGGGACGUGUGGAAAACCAUCCCCGACAAGGUCACCAUUGCAGGAAACCGCCAGAGAGUCGACUACACUUCCAGCGAUUUCCUCGACUCGGAGUUCACCUUCUUCGACGAGAACCAGGAUAUGGUUAUCGUCACGAUCCGAGACAGCCUUGACAGUUCAAAGCUCGGGUACAAGUACGCAGACGUCAGCGAGUCCGACAAUCUGUGGAUCAACUACGAGCCCCUGCCUCCGCACAAACCAUCGGAGCCCUGGAAUCCCAGCCACUGGCCUGCAGUGGUUCCCUCCGGCAACAACACCAUCGGUAAGGUUCCCUCAAGCUUUAAGCUGGCGCGCCGUGCUCCUACGAAGAAAGACCUGAAAGGAAAGGGCUUGAAGCAUCUGAACCAGUUGCAGGAAGACAUUGUGUUGGAGAAGAUGAGGAUACCACACUCGGCCUACGCCAGAUUUGAUGUCUUCCUGAACUUCCCAGAAGCCAACAGGGAGACUCACCUGUACAUGUCAGAGUACGUCGGUACCUUCACUCAUCUUCCCAGCGGCAUGGUGGACAUGAGCGCCUCAGUCUCGCAUUCUUCGGUGACAGAAUCUGAUGGCCAGUUCCGAUUAUUCAACAUCCGUUACAGCGUCGGUCAGGCCCUCAGAAGGCUGGGUAUUGCAGACUGGAAUACCGACGUCGUCGUCACCAUCGUCUCCAAGGGAGUUCGAAGAACCAACCCAACAAUCGAUUUCUAUUUCUCGGACAUCAAGCAAGAUUUUCAAUGAUGGAUCUCUGAUGAGAUCCACCAUCCAACUUUCCGGAUCUCAUGCACGGUCGUACUUUUCUCAGCUCAACUGAGAUCGAAGAAGCCGUAAGCAUUCGUUUUGAAGGGUAAAUACAAACAAGCAGUUUCAGAAUUAACAGACAUCAAAUUAUCUGUAUUCUUUCGCCCUCAUGAAGGGUUCAGCUUUUGCAUUGUCACACACGCAUUCUUUUGCAAUAAACACACCACUUCUGUGGAGACCUGAAGUUUAC